ACAUCGAUUUCUACAGGUGUAAAACGGAAUGACAUCUACCAUGGAACAUCCCGUGGAAGAUCAGGAAGAAAAGAUGAGGAUCCUGUUUGACAAGAACAAGGAAGAUUUGAAGGAGAAUGGUAUAAAUCUAGAAAGGGAUACAGAACUUCUCAUCAUUGAGGACUUGCCCUCACCAAUAGCAAUGGAGACCUCAGACUUCAAUGGUAGGUCUGAUGAAACAAUUUCUCCAGAUCCUGACAAAUCAGACAAGUCUCGCACAGACACUGGUCUGGGUACCUCUGAAGAUCUGACCAUACCAUCCUCUCCUCUCACUGAGGAUUGUGUUUCUCCAUUGAUGGAGGACAAUGUGUUUCCUGACCUUGAGGACUCCAACACAGCCUCUCUAACUCAGGAGAUUAAACCGUCCUCUGACCAUGUGGAUCUUGAAGAUUCUAAAAACGGCACUGAGAAUUCUAAUUCUCAAUCUAAAAACGAUCUAAACAGCUCAGUGUCAAAUUCAAAAUUUGCUGGAGAGUUGCAAAAGUCUUCAAAAGAGUCCUCUGAAAUGAACAAAUGUAAAGAAGAUGAUGAUAUUAAAGAAGACUCUAGCCAAUCUAAUGUUUCAGCAGGCCUUCCACCAAUCAUGGAGGAGGUUGCAUCAAAUAUUCCACCAGUCAAAGAGGAGAUAACUCCAAUCAUCCCACCAAUUAUUGAAGAAGCUUCAGAAGAUGUUCCACAAAUCAUAGAAGAGGUUGCUGAAAAUAUUUCACCAGUCACAAAGGAAAUUACAUCAAACAUUCCACCAGUCAAAGAGGAGCUAACAAAAAAUAUUCCACCAAUCAGUGAGGACGUUACAGAUAGUAUUCCACUAAUCACAGAGGAGGUUGCAGCAAACAUACCACCAAUUGUAGAUGAUAUUACAUCAAAUAUUCCUGUUCAGGAGGAAUUGUUUCCAGUGGUUGAUAUUGAGAGUAAUGAAGAUAUUGUUCCAGGGAAAUUUGACGACAGUUGCUUAGAAACGCAGGAUAAGGAUGGUGUAGCUGAGGUAGUCUCCUUGGUUACAAAGGAAACCAGUGUCAACACUGCUGGAGAGCAUUCACACACUUCUUCAUCUGUAACAACAGAGAAUUCUAGUAAUGACAUAGUGGAGGCUAAGGAUUCUCAUGACAUGAAGAAAAAAGAAAACCCAAAUAAGCUCACCAUAGACUCUGUUACCGUUAAUUCAGAUUCGCUUGAAAGUGUUGACCUUCCCGUGACCCCAGGGUCACAGGGGUCAUGUGACCCACCAAUGACUCCGAGCUCCAUGGCAGCAGAUUUCACAUCUCAUGAAGUGCAGACCUUACAAACAGAGCUCCAGCAGACACACAACAUUGUCAAACAGCUGCAGGCCAUCAUCCUCAAGGAGCGCGUCACACACAACCAUAAUGUUGCCAUUCUCAAAAUGAGGCUUCAGGAGAAAGAGCAAGAAUGUCGAAACAAUGCAGCAAGAUCAGACAAACAACUAGGGGAGGUAAUCGCACAUCUUCUCCUCCUAGAAGGCCAAUUAAAGAAGGAACACUCUCAGGUUCGCUGCAAAAUGGCCGAUAGUGAAAAAAUCAUUCAGAAACAAGAAGAAGAUAUUGAAUCUCUGAAGGAAACCAACCAAAGACUGUUAGAGGCAGUGCGUGAUGCCUACGGCAGGAAGGGAAAAAAUGGAGUUAUGUUAUUGGAAAAUUUGAGUGAUGACAAAACUGGGUCUAGCGAAAGUCUAGAGAGCCCCACUUUAAAGUCGCCACCAUCUUUAAAAUCACCCCUGAAAGGCAAAUGGGGGUCAAUGAAGGAUAAAAUGACCAGAAAACACCGAAGUAGUUUGGAUUUAAGUGACACAGAUUUUGAUGGAAAUCAAGGUCUGUUGAUUGGCCGGCAGUAUGGAAGCCAGGAAAGCCUACUAAUGAUUGGUAGAAAGUCUAAGGAAAUACGUGAAGGACGAGACAAAAAAUGUCGUAGUAUAGCUGGUUAUCCAGACAGCUCACUGGUUGGACUUAUGGAAGUGCCGGAUGAAAAUGAGAAUCGGCUGGAUAAUUUCUCACAUUCCAAAGUUUUGAGUGGAGGGAUUGGAAAUAAAAACCAGCGUGAAAAUGUACAGAAUACAAAUACUUUACAGGUUUCAUUGAAUGGAAUUGAACAGUCCUCUGCUGGUUUGUUGUCAGCAAUCUCAAUGCCAAUAUUGUCACAGACAGAUAAAAAUUCUAACCCAGCUCCAGCAAAGGAGAGACCAAAGUCCAUAUCAAGCAUAGAACACAUAUCGUCUCAUGACAGUGGAGGUACCCCUGAUCUUCCCCCACCAAUGGAGGCCUACCCCCCACCCCCUAAGUCACCAGGAGCCACAUCCAACUCCAGUAUUUCUGAUUCAUCGAACCCAUUCAAAAAUUUGAAAACUAUAUUAAAACGGAAAGGAAGUAAGAUCAAGGGAAAAAAGCGUUCUGUAACGAUGGCUGACUCACCUAGCCAGGACUAUCAGGCCGCUGUUAAAAAGCAUUUUGAGAAGUAUGACAUGUCGUGAUAAAGAGUGCUGCUUCAUUUGUAAGCAAUUAUGUCAAGUGCUUUAAAAUGUGUCUUGAUUCUUUGGGACAAGGAUAAAGCUGUCAGUGAGGACAUUGGUCGGUGAUAGAGGAAUCUCUGUCCACUUACAUUUCUGGUGAAUGAAUAAGUGCUUCUUAAUGUUUGAAUGUUUUAGAGAUAACUUGUGCCAUAUUCUGGUUAUUGUUUAAUCAGAGGAAUCUCCAAGUAGGAUAACUUCUAAUAUCUUUCUAUAGACAGCCUGGAUAAAAUCAAUUACACUGAUGCCAGGAGGAAGUGAAUCUAUACAACUGUUAUCUGUUGCUAAACACCAUAAAGAAUAUUUUGAAAAAGGAAUUCAUUCCUUGAUUAAUUAUCUCCUUGAUCCAUUAAACCACCCAGUAUUUAUGAAAGUGUACACAAAAGUACAUGGAUACAAUCUAUUUCAGCGAUCCAAGUAAACUGAAGAACUAUUUCAUUGUUAGAUUUUUGCAGUCAUUUGCAGUCAUCUUCUUUGCUGUAAAUAGCCAUUCAAUAGUACAUGCAAUAUACAUUGAAAGAGUACAGGUAAACUUUGUACUAUGGAGAACUUCAUCAAUUUUUUAUAGUGAUCAGCUGUAUUGUAUCAACAGGUGUGAUAUACAGGUGUGGCAUACAUGUAUAGUAUACAAAUGUGGUAUACCUGUAGAGUAUACAAUGUACUGUUUGGGUAUGAUGUACAGUAAUGGUAAAUGGUACUUGUAUGCAUACAUAUAUAUAGUUAACACUAUAUACAGGUGUUGUGUAGAGGUAUUAUGAACUGUUAAAAGCGUACAGUUUUGGUAUACAAUUAGAUUGUACAGGUAUGAUGUACAGGUAUGAUGUACCAGUGUGAUAUACCAGUGUGGUAAUAUACAGAUAUAGGAAUGGUAUGUAAAUGUGGUAUUAUAUGGAGUUAUACAGGCAAUGAUUUAAAUUUAGGUACAAUGAAAUCUAGUUUACCAUAUAUGGUUAACAUUAAGGAAGCCCAGGUAUACACCGGUAUGUACAGAGUUUGUCUCAUCUACAUGAUUUAUGUGCAAAAGGAGUUGAUGCGCAUGACAUGUUGUCUUUCAUUCUUCAUGCAACUUAUAUAACAUUUGCAUAUAUUUUAUGUGAAUUUAUAACAGACACAAAUGGUUAUGACCUUUUCUAAAUGAAUAGUAAGUAGGUCUAUUCUGCUGCGUCUUGUGAUGUCAAGAACCUGCAGUUUUAUACAGGUUUUACCAGUUAUGUUAAAGUGUGUGACAAAUAAGUACAAGCCAUUUCAAUUGUUCUUUCAUUCAUUUAAUCCGUAAUUCUGUGUGACUGUACAAGCCUAAUGAGUCUGUUUCUCAGUAUGUUAAACAAUGGAUAUUUUUCAGAACCAUAUCAGAAUUUUUUCUCAAAACUUCUUUAUUUCCUGUUUAUGGUGUUACAGCGAUCACAGAGUUAUAUCUUCAAUGCAUAUUCAUUAUUAUAUAUUUUUUGAAUACCCGUCGUACUAAUAAGUUUGAGGUUGUUGUGAUAAUCCGUCCGUAUGUCGGUCCAUCUGCCUAUUAAGUUUAGACCUUUACCUGG